AUUGCAGAAGUAAUCGUAGAUUUCACCACCACCACUACUCUCCCCCAAUCACAGGCCGAGGUCGCGACGAUGGGAGGUCGCGAGCUGCUCCCUCGCACCUCGUCCCUCCUCGCCGCCCUUCUCCUCCUCUUAUAUGAACCUGGUAGCUGAUUCACCAAUUCAGUACAUUGUUCAGGAUAAGGUGCAUGGCAAUGUCUGAAUUUCUGCUUUGGUCUUGAUUCACCAUGAGCCCACAUGCUACUGAGCAUAAUGGAUAAUCUUGUUGUCAAGACAUCAUGUUAUAAUGAUAACAAAUGCAAGUAAAUUGACAGUUUAUUGCCUAUGGCUUUCGAUUCUUGUUGCCUCUUCCAUCUUUAUACUUGGAAGACUUAAAGACAACCCUUGGUCCAGCUCAUUUUACUUCAUUUUAACAUUUACCUGACAUGCUUCAAUUAGGUUUGCAAGAAUUCUGCUGCAAAUUGGAUGAUGUAAUAGUUCGUGGCUUUCCACUGCACAGUACUCCUCAACCAUUCAUUCCUUUUCUUGCACCUUCGCCAAUGACACCAUUUUUCAACAAUAGCACACCAAAGCUAUCAGGACGAUGUACAUUAAACUUCUCUGCUGUUGACAGCUUGAUAAGCACAACUGCUGUUGAUUGCUUGGCGUCCUUUGCUCCUUUAUUAGCCAAUGUAAUCUGCUGCCCCCAGUUUCAGGCCACGCUGGUCAUUCUGAUAGGGCAAUCAAGUAAAAACACAGGAAUGCUUGCCUUAGAUUCUACUCAUGCAAACUAUUGCCUAUCAGAUUUUCAACGGAUCUUAGAAAGUCGGGGUGCCAGUGAUGAUCUUGAACAAAUUUGCUCAAUCCACCCAUUGAACCUCACUGAAGGUUCUUGCCCUGUCAAUGAUAUCAGUGAGUUUGAGAGUGCUAUUGACUCCGCUAAACUCCUGGCUGCCUGUGGGAAAGUUGAUGCUGUGAAUGAAUGUUGCAGCCAGAUAUGUCAAAAUGCUAUACGUGAAGCUGCCAGGAAGAUUGCUUUGAGAGAUGGUGGUUUGACCAGUAUGGAUAUUACUGAUAACUUGCAUGAGCACUAUUCUAGAAUCGAUGGUUGCAGAAGUAUUGUCCUCAGAUGGUUAUCCAGUAGACUCGAUCCUUUAUCUGCAAAGCAUGUACUUAGACAGAUAUCCAACUGCAAUGUUAAUGAAGCAUGUCCUUUAGUUUUUCCAGAUACCACAAAAGUUGCAGAGUAUUGUGGGAAUAGGAUUAAGAACCAUAAUGCAUGCUGCAAUGCAAUGGAUAAUUAUGUAUCUCACUUGCAAAAGCAAAGUUUCAUAACCAAUUUACAAGCAUUGGAUUGUGCUUCAUUGCUUGGUCUGAAGUUGCAAAAAAUGAAUGUUACCACAAACAUCUAUAGCCUCUGUCAGAUAACUCUCAAAGAUUUUUCUCUACAAGUUGGAUCUCAAGAGUCUGGAUGCCUCCUUCCAAGCUUGCCAUCAGAUGCAAUGUUUGACCCUUCUUCUGGAAUCAGCUUCACGUGUGAUCUGAACGACAAUAUUGCGGCUCCUUGGCCCUCUGCACCUGAAGCUCCAACAUCUUCAUGCAACAAAUCUAUUAACUUGCCAGAACUUCCAGCUGCAACAUCUGCACACAUUGGUGAAAAUGGAAAAGACAUAAAGCUUCCUUUAGCUUUCUAUCUUAUAUGCCUUCUUUUUCAGGUGAAAAUAGAAAAGACACAAAGCUUCCUUUGUUCAUUGCUUUGUUGCUGGUUCUUCAAAUGCUUUCGUGAUCCUGCGGUAGACAUCAGUUUCAAUCCUUACUAUAUUUGAAAGGAUGCUGCUACCAAGUAGUUGGGAUAAGGCUUCCAUCACAUCAAUGACCAGGGAUCUAACCAAAGGCUUUUCCCAACACAAUAGACAGCAUUCUGGGAUACAGGUUUUUUGUUGAAGUUGUAGCAACCAUGAUUCUUGCAAGCAAUAUAAUAAUGCCUUGUAAAGGGAGGGGGAAAUUUGUAAAUAUCUUGAGAUCUGUUGUCCCAUUUGGAGCUCCUUCAUAGAAACUCUUCCUAGAACCUUUGUCUGCAGUUUAAUGUAGAUUUAGGUCAAUCGAUACCAUCAUCUCAUCUCUCACAGUGUCCAACUUUUUGGUAUUUUGAAUGAGAACGCCAGUUAUCGUUGAUUGUAAGGCGGGGGUGGACGCCUAAAAAUAGUACAUAUCGUAGGCUGUUGCUUGAACGAGCACACCGACGAGAAGAAUGUUGACCAGGGAGUUUUAGGGUUGAUGCUGAGAGACUUUGCAGUGAUAUUUAAAAGUAAGGAAAAGAAAAGUAAUUCUUUAAUA